AUGGAAGGACUGAGACCAGGUUGGGCAGUGAAGGCGAUCAUAGUGAUCGUGAUAUCGUCGGUGUUGUUCCGUUGCGUCUCUGCAACCACCAACCACUCCGUCGGAGGUCCUACUGGUUGGGACCCUCAAUCCGACCUCCCUGCUUGGGCUGCUGCCUUCACAUUUUACGAAGGCGACAAUCUAGUGUUCAGGUACCGGCCUACUCAUGAUGUGCUGGAGGUGCACGAAGCGGAUUAUCCCACGUGUCGGAUAACGGACCCUAUUAGAGCGUACAGUGAUGGGGAGACAGUGGUCCAACUGGAGGAAGGUGGGAUAAGCAGGUACUUCAUCUGCGGCCGACUCAACUACUGUGCCAGGGGACUCAAACUUGAAGUCCAAGUCCUCCUCCGCCUCUCUCCUCCGCCCUCCUCAUCUCCACCCAACCCCAAUCCCAAUCCCAAUCCCAAUGGCACAACAAUAACACCCUCCGCCGGUGGGGACGGCAGCACAAUAGACGGCCAUCGACGAGGCAGACCGAGACCUCCUGACCAUGGCCGCCAAAGACAUCCUCCACCUCCGCUGACAUCUAAUUCAACCAAAUCAUCUCCUCGUCAUCAUGAUCAUGACCAUGAUCGUGAUCUUCCGCCGUCAGUUGAUGAUCAUGGUCGUAAUGGUCAUGAUAAAUGUGCUCCUGCUCCACAUGGCCAGUGUUCCGGAGGAGUUGAACUAGGCAUUGGCUUCUUUCUUCGCUGCUGCUUCUGCAUGUUGCCACUGAUUGCUGCACUAGCUGCUAGUAUUUUCUAA